AUGAUUCCAUUUCUGUCUUCUGCAAAAGCUCUUCUUCUUUCACCCAUCAAACAUUUCAUCCAUGCUGACUUCCAUGAAAUCUUUCAAAGAAUGGCAUUCUUCGACAUGCUUCUCUUCUUGAUCAUGCAUGGUGUUGAUAGAUCACCGAUUAAGUGGCAUGGUUUGCCGGUAUUCUUGGGGUUGACCUACCUAGCUAUACGCCGGCAUCUUCAUAACAAGUACAGUUUGAUUAAAGUUGGCAAAAUUCCGGUGGGUGUUCGGUUUGAUCCUGCUGACUUUCCGUUUAGGACACCAGACGGAAAGUUUAAUGAUCCUUUUAAUAAAUAUGCCGGCAGUAAAGGAAGUUUCUUUGGCCGGAAUAUCCACCCAGCUGAUUGGAGAAAAAAGUUAUUGCAGCCAAAUCCUAUGGUCGUGGCAACAAAGCUUUUGGCACGUAGGCAAUUUAUAGACACUGGAAAACAGUUGAAUGUCAUUGCUGUUGCGUGGAUUCAGUUCAUGAUUCAUGAUUGGAUGGAUCACCUUGAAUCAACACAACAGAUCGAGAUGAAGAGACCUACAGGAUUGGGCAAUCAGUGCCCUCUCAAAUCCUUCAAAUUUUACAAAACUAAAAAAGUUAGUACUGGUUUAUUUAACAUCAAAAAAGGCCAUCGCAACAUUAGAACUUCAUGGUGGGAUGGAAGCGCGAUAUAUGGAAGCAACUCCUUUAGUUUGAACCAUGUGAGAACAUUCAAAGACGGGAAGCUCAAGAUCGCAAAAAAUGGACUCCUUCGUCAUGACGAGAAAGGGUUUCCCAUAGCAGGUGACAUCCGUAACAGCUGGAUAGGUGUAUCAACCUUGCAAGCCCUCUUCAUCCUCGAGCACAAUGCCAUUUGUGAAACCUUGAAGAAAGAAUAUAAUGAGUUGAACGAUGAAGAUCUGUACCACCACGCAAGACUAGUAACUUCGGCGGUCAUUGCUAAGAUCCACACUAUAGAUUGGACCGUUGAGCUUCUUAAAACCGAUACCCUUCAUGCCGGAAUGAGAGCUAACUGGUAUGGACUAUUUGGGAAAAGAUUCAAAGACACAUAUGGGCAUGUUGGAGGACCCUUUUGGGGAGGUCUUAUAGGGUUAAAAAAAUCCAAUAAUCAUGGGGUACCCUACUCAUUAACUGAAGAAUUUGUGAGUGUUUAUAGAAUGCAUUCUCUCUUACCUGAUCAACUCUUCGUCAGGGACAUCAAGUCUGCACCGGGUUUUAAUAAAUCUCCAAAAUUGAGCCAAAAGGUUGACUUAGUAAAUUUGAUCGGAAAGAAAGGAGAGAAUGAAUUAUCAGAAUUUGGAUUUACAACACAAAUGGUAUCAAUGGGACAUCAGGCAUGUGGGGCACUUGAGCUAUGGAAUUAUCCGUUGUGGCUUAGGGACGUUAUUCCUCAAAACGUCGACGGCACUGAUCGUUCCAGUCCUGUUGACUUGGCAUCGCUGGAGAUUUAUAGGGACAGGGAGAGAAAUAUACCAAGAUAUAAUGAGUUUCGUCGAUUGCUUUUUCUGAUACCAAUCUCUAAGUGGAACGAUCUAACAGACAAUAAAGAAGCCAUUGACACGUUGCAUGAAGUUUAUGGCGACAACGUGGAGCAACUUGAUUUAUUGGUAGGAAUGGCAGCUGAAAAGAAGAUAAAAGGGUUUGCCAUCAGCGAGACAGCUUUUGUCAUUUUUCUCAUCAUGGCGUCGAGGAGACUUGAAGCAGAUAGAUUUUUCACAAGUGAUUUUAAUGAGAUCGUGUACACAGAGAAAGGGCUUGAAUGGGUGAAUACAACAGAGAGUUUGAAAGACGUAAUAGAUCGACAUUAUCCUGAAAUAACCAAUAAAUGGAUGAACUCAACGAGCGCUUUUACAGUGUGGGAUGCUACCCCAGAGCCAUAUAAUCCCAUACCAAUUUAUCUUCGUAUCCCGCACUAA